AUGGCCACUAGCGAGCGCUUCUGCCUGCGUGUGCGCAAUCUACCGGCCGCGUUAUCCUCUGAGACAAUCACGUCCUUACUCUCGCACUACGGCGCUACUCGUAUCCGCGUCUUCCAGCGUCCAAAUGCAGUGGUGUCAAGCGGCAAAGAACCGGGUGCGAUUGCAAAACAGUCGCAGAAAGCUAUUGCAACAUUUGGAACUCGUGAAGCGCAGAAGAAUGCGCAGCAACGACUUCAGUUGCUGGAGUUAGCAGGUCACCAAUUGCAGGUGGACCCGGUUGGCGAAGAGGAUACAACCAGGUUGAGUGAAAGGAAAGUGGCGACUGUGUGCAGUCGGGACACCGUUCAUGCGAAGCGCCAACCCCCACCGCUUCCUUCUCAUCCGAUGCCGCCACUUCCACCGAUGCCGCCUCUGUUCCAGGACAAUGUCUAUGCCCCGGUACCUCUGGCCCCGCAUCUAGGCUUAGACUACGCACCUUCGCCACUGCUUGAGUACAAGUACCCGAGAGCAACUGAAAGCAUUGUGCGCAAUAUUGCAAAUGCCUUGAUUGCGUUGCCCCGCUUUUACACGCAAGUGCUGCACCUAAUGAACAAGAUGAAUCUCCCGCCGCCGUUCGAGGAAGACGCCAUCCCUGGGCGAUUUACAGCGAAACAAAAGGAACGUCGACAGAAUAAUGGGGAUAUGAGUUUUAUACACAGAGAGCGAAUAAAGCGCUACAAGGUCGAUGAAACUUCGAAUGCACGGAUCGCCGAAGAAGAGGAAGAAGAAGAGGAAAGUGAUGUCGACGGUCCAGAUGCUGUGGUCAAAGAAAAGGACGCUUGCACUGCUCACGUUCGUCCACCACUACCAGCGCAUCAAAUGAGGAACGCCGCCAGCCGAACGUCAUGUACAAAGAACGACUAUGGAAAGUGUGCUGGAACGCGUGGGGAUCAUCCGCGUGAGCUUAUCGGCAAACCGUUGGCGCGACGAAAGGAUCUUUCAUCGACAAAGAAGACCGCCAAGCUAAACACAGCAUGUCAGUUUGAAGUAAAUGAAGACGGCUACCAAAACGGGUCUCAUCUUUCGCGUCCCGGUGUCAUUUCAGAGAAUGAGGUCAAUCGACGCCGGCUUCCGCAGAAAAAGUUGGCAAAGGAGCCGCUGGUGGAAUCUUACAUCCGUGGAGUACCAUCUCGCACGAUCAUGGUGAGGAACGUUCCACAUGCAAUGGACGAAAAAGACCUGCGCUCAAUCUUUGGCUACGUGUUGCCAACGGACAUGGCGUUGGACUUGAUAAAGAUUACGAUGCUGUCAGCAAGAGGCUCUGCUCUAGUAGCUUAUCCCGAUGAAGUGGUGGCCACAUCGGCAGUGACUUUGCUUCAUGGCGUACAAUUUGAAGGCAAAACUCUGCUCGUGAGCUUCUACAACACCUCCGAAGCCGAGCUAGAUACGUCUGUUGCCGCUGCACGUUGGACAUUGCAGGACCUCGAAUCCAAGCGGUUGUCUGCAAUUCAACUUGCUACGGAGAAGGCGAUGAAGGGGUAUCAACGCGGGAAGCCUUCAGACACGCUGUUUGUGAAGAACCUUGCUCCACGGGUCAAAUUGGCAGAUCUCAUUGCUGUGUUUGGAGCUGUCCUGCCACCUGAUUCUAUGCCCGACGCCUUGGACAUCCGGCAUUUUACUGUAGGUCGAAUGAAGUGCCAGGCGUUCGUCAAAUAUCCCACCGCUCAACUUGCACAUACUGCCUUACUUCACGUCCAUGGCGUCGUGUUAAAGGACAAACCGCUCAUUGUGUGCUUUCGCAAACCCCAAGUAGACUGA